UAGUUGGGGAACCACCAGGCACUAGGAGGGCAUACUCUUGUGCGCAUGCGCUGAUACUGCAUCGAGUUCUCUUGGCGUUUCUGUACUCUCUGGUGAAGCUAAGGAAGCGAGGUAGCUCAUUGGCCCGACGUCACAUCGCUGUGUUGUUGUUUAGAGCUCCUUCUUGAGAAAAAUGAUCAGAUUGAAGCAGAAAUUAGUGCCAGAGUCCUGUCGGUGUGUGCGAACAUGAGUGUUGCGGGGAAGAGGUCGCGUGCGUGCUGUCUCCACUCGGUGUUGUUAAAGCAGCUGUGCUCCUCCCUGCUCUCCGCUCACUAGCAUCAUCAGCUCCGACCAGCAGCGAUGUACGAGCAGGGGGACGAGGCGCAGGAGGACUGCGGCUCCCGGGAGGAGUGGACGCUGCUGUUCUGGACCUCCGUGGCCGUCAUCGUGCCGGUCAUCAUCACCCUGUGGUGCAGCGCCCAGCGCUCCAAGCGGAAAACGCACAUGAAGGAUUUCUUCCGCAAGAGCAAGCACGGCUGGCACUACACCGACCUGUUCAACAAGCCCACCUACUGCUGCGUGUGCUCCCAGCACAUCCUGCAGGGGGCUUUCUGCGACUGCUGCGGCGUGUGCGCCGACGAGCUGUGCCUACGCCGGGCCGACCGCAGCCUGCCCUGCAAGGAGAUCAUGGCCCCCUGCAGCCCCCAAGGAGUCAUGGUGCACCGCUGGGUCCGCGGGAACGUCCCCCUCGCCAGCUACUGUGCGGUGUGCAAACAGCAGUGUGGGACCCAGCCUAAGCUCUGCGACUACAGGUGUGUGUGGUGUCAGACCACAGUGCACGACGACUGCAUGGACAGCCUGAAGGACGCAGACUGGUGUGAGCUGGGCGAGUUCCACAGCCUCAUCAUCCCUCCUCACUACCUCUACCGCGUCAACAAGCUGCGCCGCAGGCACCCUGAUGAGUACAGCAAGCUGGCUUCUUCGUGUGGCAGCGGCUGGACUCCAGUGUUGGUCUUGGCUAACACACGCAGUGGGAACAACAUGGGGGAGGCUCUGCUGGGAGAAUUUCGCACCCUUCUGAAUCCUGUGCAGGUGUUCGACCUGUCUGAGCUGACCCCCUCCAAAGCCCUGCAGCUGUGCACCCUGCUGCCCCCUGGCAGUGUGCAGGUGCUGGUGUGUGGGGGCGAUGGCACAGUGGGCUGGGUGCUGGAUGCCAUCGAUACCAUGAAGCUGAAGGGCCAAGACCAGUUCAUGCCAAGGGUGACCAUCCUGCCCCUGGGGACAGGAAAUGACCUCUCUAACACUUUAGGCUGGGGUGCUGGAUAUGCUGGAGAGAUCCCGGUGGAACAGGUUCUCCGUAACAUCCUGGAUGCUGAGGUGGUCAAAAUGGACAGAUGGAAAGUGCAGGUGGCUUCAAAGGGCCUCUACUUCCGUAAACCAAAGGUCCUGUCCAUGAACAACUACUUCUCUGUGGGGCCUGAUGCUCUGAUGGCGCUCAACUUCCACACACACCGCGAGAAAACACCCUCCUUCUUCUCCAGCCGCAUCAUCAACAAGGCUGUGUAUUUCCUGUAUGGCACCAAAGAUUGUUUAGUGCAGGAAUGUAAGGAUCUGGAUAAGAGGAUUGAGCUGGAGUUGGAUGGAGAGAGGGUGGCUCUGCCCAGUCUGGAGGGCAUCAUAGUUUGUAACAUCGGCUACUGGGGAGGAGGCUGCAGACUCUGGGACGGUAUGGGAGAUGAACCGUGCCCCCCCACACGGCUGGAUGAUGGUCUGCUGGAGGUGGUGGGUGUGUUUGGCUCCUUCCACUGUGCUCAGAUCCAGGUCAAGCUGGCCAAUCCUGUACGGCUGGGACAGGCCCAUACAGUCAGGCUGGUUCUCAAGAGCUCCAAGAUGCCCAUGCAGGUGGACGGGGAGCCGUGGGCCCAGGGUCCCUGCACCAUCACAAUCACCCACAAGACCCAGGCCCUCAUGCUGUACCACAGCGCCGAGCAGACGGACGACGACGACGACGAAUCCAGCGCCUCAGAGACAGAGAGCCCCACCCCUCACGACUCACCCAGGCCCCCGGGGCCGGCCUCCGCUCGUGCAUGACCCAACCUGAGCACCAUGUGAUCUGAAGCUCCCCUCCUCUUAGUGUCUGUCUUCUUUCUGCAGCCCAGUUUCCGUUAACCCCUCAUUUGCAGCGGCACUCCUUUAAAGUCUUUGAACACCUCGGAUCAUAUUGAUGAGCAAAGGUGUUAUAAUGAUCCUGUGUAACGAUUUCAGAUGUUUUCAGAGAGCUCACAGGAGUUAGUUUGGAAACGGGCUGCUGUGGUUAGUUUUCGGUCUUUUAUCUCACCGUGUAUUGUGACCCAGAGCUCAGGCAGUUCCUCCUGCACAGGCAGGGGUGGUCAGGAGGAGGUGAAUGUUUUUGAGGGAGAUUGUUGUUUGUUUGCACUGAUCCCUCGUGCCAUAGACAUUUAGAGCCAACUAUAGUGUAUUUAUGAUACUGUAUUUAUAACCGAGUGCCCAGCGCAGCCCUGCAGGCAUCAGUGAGCCAUUUUUAACAAGUUGCGCAGGUUCCAUUGACCCCACAAAGCCAUGUCUCAGUCAGUGAGGAGCAGGUGAGGAAGUAUUAAUACAGGAAAGAUUGUCAAGUGGAGGUUCUGUUGAGGGAGCAUCCAAAGCUUUAUUUUCCUUUCUUUUCUUUUUUUUUUUUUUUUACCUCAGAAAGAGCACAAACAGCAAACACAUUUUCUGGGUGUGAGUUGUUAAACUGCACAGAGUAUUUGUUAAAAUCCCCUUCAGGAAUCACAAUGUUGAUAGUUUUUUAGCAUCUCUUGCAUUUGUGGCCAGAGAUGAAGCUUUGGAUUGUGUGUGAUGGAGCGAGCGCUCUGAUGCCGUGUCUCUAGGAGCUCGCCAAACCUUUGUGUUGUACCAGGAUACCGUUUUGAAACUACAUUUAACUCUCCUCUCCUCCUAAAAGCUACAGCAAACAGCUAGGCUUGUUUAUUUGUUUAUUUUAAAAGUACUGCCAAGUAACUGAGGACUGAUUUAACCUUUAGUUUUCCUUCUUUCUUUACACAGCUCCUCCUGUUUACAUGCUUUGUGUUGCACUGUUUUGGCACUUACACUGAUAGAUCCCUCACACUGCUUAGAGUGUAGGUUAUAUAGUCCCCACCAGUUGGCCGACUAAAGACAGUAUUUUCUGCAGACAGGUCAAGUAGAGUUGGUCUUCUACUUAAUAUUGAUAGCAUCAGAGUUACUUGCAUGUGCUGUAGUGUUUAGAUGACAUUGAUCUAACUGAGUUUUAUUUGUUGCAUUUUUCCUGUACUUUACAUAACAUGUGCUAGAGGUCAUGUGUUUUUCUGUGAUUAAUUGAGUUAUUUAAUGUCCUGUUUCUCACAGCCAUAUCAGAGAAGUCUGAGGAAUGUUUGUUUCUGAUGAGUCUGGAGCCAACAUGCUGCUCAAAAGGCUGGACAGGGAUGGGGUUUUUUUUGCCGCGUGAUGCCUAUGCUUUUGGAUUAUGCACCUCCUUGGCACGUAACCAAGCCUCAUAGUUUUAUCACCCUCUAUGUGUUUAGUGAAUGUCCUCUUGCCUGAGGACAGCUGUUUGACCUUUGACCUUAUCAUCUGUGUUUACCAGAGUUGUGUUUGUCUUGUGUUGCACUGAAUGAGUUUAAAUGUUGCUGGGGGUUUAUUGGUGGGUUUUUAGCCACGAGAGCAGCAUGGCUCUAGUUCAGAACACUGUUUUAGAACAAAUUACCUCGAUAACCUUUUUGGAUGAAUUGUGAUGCAAUUUGGUACAGAUAUUUGAUGGUGCCUUUAGAGUAAAUCCUAAUGAUUUUGUUGAUCCUGAGUAUUUAGUUAGUGCCAUCCACUAGGCUUGGGCGGUAUGUAAUAUUUCAUACCUUCCUGAAAUUUCACUGGGGUGUACAGUACAUGACAGUGUAAGUGUGUGGUGUCACGGUUGCUAACAAUCACCAGCCCCGGUUUGGGCAGAAUAAAUCUUUAAUUCACUGGGUUAGAUGUAAAAAAACAUGCCAUUAUUCCCCAAAGUCCUGUAACUUCUCCCUCUACUACUAGGUGUCGCUGUGUCUUUCAGCUCAGCUACUUGUUGCACCAGUCUUGCACUACAUACAAUUUGUUUAAUAGAAAGAGGAGUGCCUGUAUUUAUGAUGGUAUUUAAGGAUAUACUUUUGGGAUUUCUACAUUAUCCUGGUAUACUAUAACACCGCCCAAGCCUACCACCCACAGGUUGAAUUUUUGCUUGUCAAACACUGUUGUUCUUGAUACCAAAACUACUGAAUGAAUUUCUCUCAGCCUCAGCCGAAGUUUGAAAUGAAUGCUGGAAAGUACGCUUACAUGCUAUAUUUAAACAUAUUUAGAGUUGGACCUAUAUAAAGAUGUUGUUUGCAAAACAGCUUGAAGGGAUAGUUGAGAUUUUUGUAAGUUGGUAUGAGUCAGUUUAUUACAUACAGUAGAUGUCAGUCAGUACACCCCCAGUUCAGAGAUUGAGGCUGGAGUCUGACGGAGGCUAUUGAAUGUACUGCUGUGCAGGGGUCAGCAAUAAAAGAAAUUUUAUUAAAAUAUGUAUUCCAACAUACCGUGAUACCGCCCAAGCCUACCUGAUAUGCUGUCUAAAGGAUAAUAACCCUUUUGAUUAACAUGACAUGGUCAUUUUUUUGGUGCCAACAUUGAAAUGUUUUGCGCCACUGGUGGUAAGGAUCUAAGACAAGCAAAGCAAUCGCUCCAUUUUUUAAGACCAUCCAUAAAAUUUGUUUUCUGGCAUAUAUUAACUACUUAACCUCAAAAAAAUGCUAGCGUGGCUAAAAACUUAUUUCAUUGUUAAGGGUGGAGGGACAUGAACGUGAUGUUUUUUUUUUUCUUUAUUAUGUUCCCAAUUCAGACAUGUCAGUUUAUUAUUGUUUGUGAAAUCUUGGCAGAUAUAGAUCAGUAUUUAUAUAGACAAAAGGCAAAUUUCACUGUAUUGUGCGUACCAAAAUCUUUCUUUAUUAAUUAAUAUAUAUUUGAACAUGCUUUCUUUUGUGCAGUAAAAUAUCUAGAAAAAAUAAGAGAACCCUUAAGGCUGAUAAGAAUGUGUAGAAAACAUAAUUAGUUUCACUUUGACUUCAAUACACAAGGCUUCCCAGAAGGAAGCCUAAUGUAGCCUCUACUAAACAGCAGUGAAAAUACAGAUAACCGUGUCUGGGAAAGAAUCAGCUUUUAUUGGUAACAAUCAUGUAAAACAUAGCUGUUUAUAAAAAUGGUAGUUAAGAGCUUUUGUGGAAAUUGUAACUACGGGUGAGAAAAUCAGAUUUUGGUUGAACUGAAUGUAAAGAAGCGAUCUUUUGAAUUUGAAGUCAUUCCCAUAAAUAUUUUCAUAUAUAA